GGUAGUGUUGGAAAAUACUCGGAAAUUAUUGUGUAUUGCUUGCUUCAAAUAUUUUCUAUGCAAACUCAAAAAUAAUAAUCACAGCCAGAGUUCUUUGCAAUUUUGAGGCAGUGAGCGGGGAUUUGGCUGCCGACGGCUGCGAGAUUUGGCCAGAAACUCUGGUGGCAAUGUGCUGGGCAAGAUGUCCCGACUCGCUGAUUACUUCGUAAUUGUCGGCUACGACAGCGAUAAGGAGAAAACGGCCAGCAAUGUGUGCGGGCAGCCAACUUGCGGCAAGAUCGUACAGCGCUUUCCCGAAAAAGAUUGGCCGGACACUCCGUUUAUCGAGGGCAUUGAAUGGUUCUGCCAGCCUCUGGGAUGGAACUUAUCGUACGAGAAGCAGGAGCCCAAGUUCUUCGUAUCCGUGUUGACGGAUAUCGAUGCCAACAAGCACUACUGCGCCUGUCUCAGUUUCCACGAGACGCUGGCCAUCACCCAGACACGGAGUGUAGACGACGAGGAUGAGACCAUUGGAAGCAGUAGGCUGCUGGGCAGCGAGCCCACAACAGAGACAGUGGCGCCAGCUCCAAUCACCCACCACAGUGUUAUGUAUGCGCCCAAGUGCCUGGUUCUCAUAUCUCGAUUGGAUUGUGCGGAAACUUUUAAAAACUGCCUAGGCACUAUAUACACGGUGUACAUCGAGAACCUGGCAUACGGAAUGGAGACCCUUAUAGGCAACAUCUUGGGCUGCAUCCAGGUUCCUCCUGCUGGUGGACCCCAGGUACGCUUCUCGAUCGGCGCGGGUGACAAGCAGUCGUUGCAGCCGCCGCAGAGCUCCUCACUGCCUACAACCGGAAGUGGAGUGCACUUCUUGUUUAAACAGCUCGGCAUCAAGAACGUGUUGAUAUUACUCUGCGCCGUGAUGACAGAAAACAAGAUCCUAUUCCUGUCCAAGUGCUACUGGCAUUUGACCGAGAGCUGCAAGGCCUUGGUGGCGCUGAUGUAUCCCUUUCGAUACACCCAUGUGUAUAUACCCAUUCUGCCGGCGCCACUCACUGAGGUACUGUCCACGCCUACACCCUUCAUCAUGGGCAUACACAGUUCACUGCAGACAGAGAUUACGGACCUGAUGGAUGUAAUAGUCGUGGAUUUGGACGGUGGUCUUGUCACCAUUCCCGAGUCGCUUACGCCACCUGUUCCAAUAUUGCCAUCUCCGUUGUGGGAGCAGACGCAGGAGCUGCUCAGCAUGAUCCUAUUUCCGAAUCUGGCCCAGGCGGAUCUGGCAUUUCCCACCCAAGAGCGCCCGUCGGCGCUGGCCAAGACUGACGCCCAGAUCGACAAGGAGCUUCGCGCCAUCUUCAUGCGUCUCUUUGCCCAGAUGCUGCAAGGUUAUCGCUCCUGCCUGACCAUAAUUAGGAUCCAUCCAAAGCCAGUGAUCACCUUCCACAAGGCCGGUUUCCUCGGCGCCCGCGAUCUCAUCGAGAGCGAGUUCCUUUUUCGAGUUCUGGACAGCAUGUUUUUCACUACAUUUGUUAACGAACGAGGACCUCCUUGGAGGGCCUCCGAUGCAUGGGAUGAGCUAUACAGCUCCAUGAACGAAUUGCUCAAAACGGAAGCUCAAAACAGGAAUCUCAUACUCACACAUAUCCAGGAGCUGGGUCGAAUCCUCCAGGAAAACGAGGGAACUCUGGCCCACACUAGCUAUGCCCAAAAGGUGCUGCGUCCUCCAGAAGGUGCCUUCCAGCGCAUCCAUCAGCCUGCCUUUCCGCGUAUUAGCUCCGAAAAGGUGGAGCUCAUAAUCCAAGAUGGAAUCCGGAAGAAUGGGACGACGCAGCGGUUCCAAAUCACCCGCAAUCAACACCGAAUUAUCCCUAUGGGACCACGGUUGCCCGAGGCAUUGGAUGUUCGCCCAAAUGUCCACAACUCUGCCAGGAGAUUGGAGGUCCUGCGUACCUGUGUUUCGUACAUAUUUGAGAACAGGAUUGCGGACGCUAGAAAACUUCUACCGGCUGUGUUACGCACACUGACCCACAGGGAUGCGCGCCUGAUCCUUUGCCGAGAGCUGUUCGGCUAUGUGCAUGGCAACAAGGCGGUGUUGGAUCACCAGCAGUUCGAAUUGGUGGUGCGUUUCAUGAACAAGGCCCUGCAGAAAUCAUCAGGAGUAGAUGAGUAUACCGUGGCGGCCGCCCUGCUGCCCAUGUCAACAAUCUUCUGCCGCAAACUAUCAUCUGGAGUGGUGCAGUUCGCUUACACGGAGAUUCAGGAUCAUGGCAUCUGGAAGAACCUUCAGUUCUGGGAGUCCACCUUCUACCAGGAUGUGCAGGGUCAGAUCAAGGCAUUGUAUCUGCUUCAUCGCCGCCAGAAUGAACACCAGAAGGAGGCCAAUUGCGUUCUGGACGAAGUGCCGCUGGAGGAGCCAUCAGCGCUAGAAAUCACGGCCGAACAGCUGCGAAAGAGCCCUACCAUCGAGGAGGAGAAGAAGUCCGAGCUAGCCAAAUCCGAGGAGUCUACGCUGUAUAGCCAAGCCAUCCACUUUGCCAAUCGCAUGGUCUCCCUACUGAUCCCACUUGACGUAAAUGUGGACGCUGCCAGUAAACCCAAACCCGCUUUCCGCCUGGAGGAGAAUCAGAGUGUUUCCAAUAGUAUUAUAGGCUCCCAUAGCCUAAGCGAACAUUCCGACGAAGGAUUUGAGGAGAACGAUGCGCUGGAGAUCAGCAAUACGGUGGCGAAGACCAUUUCCCGUUUCAUCGACUGCGUGUGCAACGAGGGCGGUGUUACCUCGGAGCACAUUCGAAAUCUGCACGACAUGGUUCCGGGGGUAGUGCACAUGCACAUCGAAUCCCUGGAGUCGGUCUAUCUGGAGGCAAAGCGACAUCCGCACGUACAAAAGCCGAAGAUCCAGACCCCUUGCCUAUUGCCCAGCGAGAACAUAGUGGCGGACCACCUGCGAUGCUUCCUUAUGCCCGACGGACGCGAGGACGACACCCAGUGUCUGCUUCCCGCCGAGGGGGCCCUCUUCCUGACCAACUACCGUGUGGUAUUCAAGGGAUCUCCCUGUGAUUCGCUCUCCUGCGAGCAGGUUAUCGUACGCUCCUUUCCGAUCGCCUCACUGCUGAAGGAGAAGAAGAUAUCGGUGCUGUACCUGUCGCACCUGGAUCAGACUCUCCCGGAGGGCCUGCAACUGCGCUCCAGCAGUUUCCAGCUCCUAAAAGUGGCCUUUGAUGUUGAGGUGACGCCGGAGCAGAUCGAGAACUUCAGGAAGAUAUUGAGCAAGGCGCGUCAUCCGUUCGAUGAGUUCGAGUACUUCGCCUUCCAAUCCUACGGAACUAUGCUUCAGGGUGUGGCGCCGCUGAAGACCAAAGAAAAGUAUUCAACGCUCAAGGGAUUCGCCAAGAAAACGUUACUGCUGACGGCCAAGAAAGCUGGCUUCAAGCAAAAGCAGCAAACCAAACGCAAGCUGGUUUCGGAUUACGAGAAUGGGAGAUCAGACGCUGAAGCCCUGGACACACAGUCGAUCGAUGACGAGCUGGAAGACGGAGAUGAGUUCGAGACUCAAAACAACACCAUGCCUAGACUGCUCACCGCCAAGGAUAUAGAAAGAAUGCGGGAGCGUAGCUACGUGCUCGACUGGAAGAGACUCGGAUUCGACGCUGAGUCGCAGCGUGGAUUCCGCAUCAGCAAUGUGAACACCAACUACGCCACUUGCCGAUCCUAUCCGGCAAUAAUCGUGGCCCCAGCCCAGUGUAGUGAUGCUGCCAUAAGUCACCUCGGCAGGUGCUUCAAGAGCCAGCGUAUCCCGCUACCCACGUGGCGGCAUUCCAACGGGGCUCUGCUCAUUCGCGGAGCUCAGCCCAACAGCAAGUCGGUCAUCGGAAUGCUGAAGAACACCACCGGCACCACGAAUGCCCACCAUGAUGUCACCCACUAUCCCGAGCAGGACAAAUACUUCCUGGCGCUGAUUAACACGAUGCCCAAGCUGACCCCCCUGGCCCUCAACCAGUACUCCGGCAUGAAUCUCUCGAUGGGCUCUCUGCUGGGUCACAGCUCAGCGGACGAGCGGCAGACUCUCACGCCGGAGCUGUCUCGGAAGCACAAGACCAAUCUGGACAUGAACGAUGGGGGCAAGUCGAGACAAAGUGGCGGAAAGGGGGGCACCAUGAAGGGAAACACUUCCGCCAACGCCUUCCGCAAAAUGCGGCUGUAUGCUUUGGGUGAAAAAUCGCAGGCCAAGUCGAAUAUGAACGUGGACUUUUGCGCAGAUUUCAUUCCGGUAGACUAUCCAGAUAUUCGGCAAUCGCGUCUUGCUUUCAAGAAACUCAUUAGAGCCUGCAUGCCUUCCCACAACACCAAUGAGGCAGAUGGCCAGAGUUUCGCGAAGAUGGUGGAACAGUCCGACUGGCUGCAGCAAAUCUCCUCGCUGAUGCAACUGUCCGGUGCCGUGGUGGACCUAAUCGACCUGCAGGAGAGCAGUGUCAUGUUGUCCCUGGAAGAUGGCUCCGAUGUGACCACCCAACUGAGCUCAAUCGCCCAACUCUGCCUGGAUCCAUACUAUAGAAGCCUGGAUGGCUUCCGGGUGCUGGUGGAAAAGGAGUGGCUGGCAUUCGGACACCGCUUCGCUCAUCGCAGUAACCUAAAGCCUUCGCAUGCCAACACGAACAUAGCUUUUGCACCGACUUUCCUACAGUUUUUGGAUGUCGUCCACCAGCUACAGCUGCAGUUCCCAAUGGCCUUCGAGUUCAAUGACUUCUAUCUGAGAUUCCUGGCCUACCAUUCGGUGUCCUGUAGGUUUCGUACGUUUCUUUUCGACUGCGAAUUCGAAAGAUCGGACUCGGGCAUCGCCGCCAUGGAGGACAAGCGGGGCACUCUGAACGCCAACAUGUUCGGAGGAGGUGGCUCGGACGACGAGUGCAAUGUGUAUCCGAUGGACAUGAGAGCACCGCGCACUCCCGCUCCCCUAAACCGCAUUGGGCACUCCAUAUUCGACUAUAUCGAGCGCCAACACAACAAGACUCCAAUAUUUUACAAUUUCCUAUACUCCGGCGGCAAGGACACCGUCCUGCGACCGCAAAACAGUGUGGCUGCCUUGGACCUGUGGAGGUACUACACCAACGAGGAGCUGGCCCAGGGUCCGCCGUAUGAUCUGGAAGUUACCACCGUGGACGAUGAAGUCGACCUGUCCGAGUUGAAGGGCAAGCGCAUGGUAAUCUCCUCCGGCUACGAUAACCUCGAGAAGUACAAUCCCAAUGCCUAUGUGUGCCUGCUGAGCGAGGUCAAGCAGGCGGAAACGGAGCGGGGGCACUUGCCCCAGAAAUGGCUGCAGGUGUGGAACAAUCUGGAGGUGCCGAAGCUGGAGCCGAUAGUCUCCCACAACUCGUCGCUCGGCGACAUCUACGUGCAGGCGCAUCAGCACAAACGCUCAACGCUUGAUAUAAUCAUGAAGGGCAGGCUGGCGGGAUAUCAGGAUAAGUACUUCCAUCCGCAUCGGUUUGAGAAGCAUCCCUACACCACUCCGACGAACUGCAACCACUGCACCAAGAUGCUGUGGGGUCCGGUGGGAUACCGCUGCAUGGACUGUGGCAAUUCCUACCACGAAAAGUGCACGGAGCUCUCGAUGAAGAACUGCACCAAGUACAAGGCCAUUGACGGAACAGUGGGGCCCCCAAAUGUGAACAUGUCGCAGGGCGACACCGCUAGCAUAGCCUCCAGUGCCGCCACCACUGCACGCACUUCAAGCCAUCACUUCUACAACCAGUUUAGCAGCAAUGUUGCCGAGAAUCGGACGCACGAGGGGCACCUUUACAAACGUGGGGCUUUGCUCAAAGGGUGGAAGCAACGCUGGUUUGUCCUGGACUCGAUUAAGCACCAGCUUCGUUACUAUGACACAUCCGAGGAUACCGCACCCAAAGGCAUUAUUGAACUGGCCGAGGUACAAUCGGUGACUCCGGCACAACCUGCACAAAUUGGCGCAAAAGGCGUGGAUGAUAAAGGAUUUUUUGACCUGAAGACGUCAAAGCGCACAUACAACUUCUAUGCGGUUAAUGCUAACCUGGCACAGGAAUGGAUCGAAAAGUUGCAGGCUUGUUUGCAAUAGACAGUGAAGCAUCUUCCGAAUUCGAUCCCGAAUCCGAAUUUCGUUUAUUUUCCUCCUUUCCAUAUACUUUUCUAAAUGCCCAUCCGAAAGUUUCGUUGUAGUAAAAACCAGUAUCUUUAUACUAAUAUGUAUUAAUAUGAAUCUGUGGCUUUGUGUAUCAUAUCGUAGCUAAACCUAUUGCAUACCUUAGCGUUUCCUUAGUUGAUUUGAUUUGAGAAAUCGCAAGCAACCAUUAACUUAGAUGUAGCAACAAUUAUGCCAAGCAACAAGCAAACGUUAGUUAAUGAAUGAAAUCCACUCUGUAAAUGUGAAUGUAAAGAAACUAUAAAAUGAUGUGAUUAUACAUAUAUGAAAAGAAACAAAAUCCGACUAUAUGAUAAAUUAACGAUAAUAUGAGAUGAUGAUGAUGCCACGCCCGCAAACUUUUUAUAUACAUUUUUUUAUAUACAUAUAUAUAUAUAAAUAUAUCCCUACGCAUACAGAACUAUAUAGGAUUAUAGUAAAUGUACCAAAGAUUAUUCCACCUUUGUUGCGCAAUGAAAAUGCAUUUCUCGGUUGCUUCCUUUAAACUAAACCCUAUUAAUCCACGCUUUCCUUUAUUUAUACACACUACAUGGUAAUCAAUAUAAUACAUACGUUUAAUGCAAUUAUUUGUGGCUUACAAACGAUAAUAUACAUAUUUAAACAAA